AUGAAAGAGGAAGCAAGAAAUUUAUUUCGUCAAAAUGCACAUAUUACAGAUGAGAUAGAAAUCGAAAAUCAUAUUAGAGAAGCUGAAGCAAGAAUUGAAUUAACUUUACAUUAUGGUACACCAUAUCCACGUUUAACUAAUUUACCACCAAAUACUUUAGCUGCACAUAUGAUUACAUCAACGAAGAGAUCAACAACAACAACACCACCAUCAUCAUCAUCGUCUAAUGAAAGUUUUACAACAAACAAUAAUAGUAAUAAUGUACAUGAAAAGAGUCGAAUAUCACGACGAACUGAACGGGCAUUAUAUGAAUCUGUUCCAUCUUAUUUAAAAUCAUAUACUUAUAGACCGAAAAAAUGA